UCCCGCCAAGCAGCACCAACCGUGGCGCCAACUUUCCCUCGCUCUCCCUCUCCUUCGCGCCAAGCCGCCUCCCCCUCUCCACCCCCCUCAUACAUACGCCGAUAUCCAGAGCCGUGAAGCAGAGUAGGGUUCCAGUUCCGGCACCGAGAUCUCUGCUCGCCGCCGCCGCCGCCGCUCCCCGCUUCCUUCUUCAGUCCCUCCCUCCUCAAGGCCGGCGCCUCCCCGGACGGAGCGGGCGGUCGCCCUCUCUGAGCUCGACGCCGACCGUCCCGCGGCUCUUCCUCGAUUUACCCGGGGCCGGGGGUUCUUCAGGUUCAGGGGCCCUUUUAUUGCUUCCCUGGAUAGAUUUUGCUACAAAUAAGGCGCUCAAUCAGUCGACUGUCAUUUAGCCACGAUGUCUUGCGUGGUUAACAGAAUAGAUUCGACCCUCAGAAGACCCAUAAAAUUCAAGAAGACCCGUGUAUUAAGUGAUAUAUACAGCGACAGUUACGAAGUGGAUUUCACCAGUUUAAAGCCUGUCAAGACCGAGGAAGUUGAUCUUGAUGAGCCUCUUAUUGCUUUGAAACAGAGGAAGGAAAAGAUACCACCUUGUAAAGCAAAAAGAGAGAUGGAUGCAUCAUCUUCUCCACAUGCUACAGAACCAGUUGAUACAUCACCAAAGGGAGAUGAAAUCAGUCCUGUGCAAACUUUCCUAUUUGAGUCAACACUCCAUGACCCAAUGACAGUGAAGCUUGAAACAGGAGCUGUAGAUCGAGAGCACUGCGCAAUUGCCAUUGAACAUAAUGAAGAAAUAGCUGGGGAGGACAUCUGCUGUGCCGAAAUGGAAAAUACAGUAGUUCACACCUGUGACCAUUCAUCUGUUGUGCUGCAUCAGUUUCCCAUAGAAGAUAAUGGAUGUGGACAGCAGUCUGGUUUCAUCACCCAACCAACUGAACAGGAUGUUUCUGACACUGGAGCACAUUUGCAUGACAAUGUGGAGCAAAAAAAGACGGAUCCCAAUGUUUCUUCACUAGAUCCCAUUGAUGAAGUGUGCAACCAUCAGAAAUCAUUGGAUGAUACAAGUAAUUCAGAUGUGAAUAAGUCUUCUGUUGGGAAUGAGUUUCCGUUGUCUCCUGUGGAUCGUUCUUGUGAUGAUCAGACAGAUAACAAUGAAUACAGGUAUCCAGAAGUUGUUCAAGUCAAUACAUCAGAAAGCAUAAAACCUGUGGAAGGGUCUUCUCCAAUUAAUGAGUUUAAAACAUAUAUGAGGCGCACAUUGGUAGUCAUGCAACCUGAUUCAUGUGGAAGCACAGACAAGAUUUGCACUUCACUUGAGGAGGUUGUGCAGAUGCCGAUGGAGGGUCAAUCAGAUUCACUAGUCUGCCAUGAUGUGAAAACAAAGGAUAUAUUACUGCAUAUGAAUGUUGAGCAAGCAGCCACAGGCUACAAUUUCGCUUAUGACAAAACUCUUGAUUUGGCUCAUACUGCCCAUUUUGACGCCCAAGAUGGGCGGCUAGAAAAUAUAGUUUAUGAUGCUCUGAAUAAUCAUGUGCAGCGGAAGUGUUUUGAAACAAAAACUUCUGUUGUAGUUCCAGAUACUGUUGUGAUUCUGAGCCCACCAACUGUAGCAGAUGUUUCACAUGAUGGUCACAUCUUACUUGCCAACAUGGAUGAGUCAUCAAAGGAUAUGAAUCAGCUAAGUGGUACAAUGAAUGUUGACAUUUGUAGAUCUGUUAAUGAUCAAGAAUCAAGAGAAGCAUAUGUUGUUCAACAAGAGUUAUCCCAGGCUUGUGUUAACAUGGGCAAAACUGGAUGUGCAAUAUCAGAUAGUUCCUCUAAUCUUGAAGAAACACAGGAAAUUUCUGGUGAAGCUUCAAUUUCAACUCCAACCUGCCUGGGAACUGAUGGGCAAACUAGGGCGUCUGAUUUUCUCAUUGAUGAAGGAUCAAUUGAAGUUCAUACUCCAAAAAAACUGUUGUCCAAGAGAAAGACUAUGUCACCAGUUUGUCAGGAGAAGUUUUGCAAUGCUUGGACUGAUAUCGAUUUGUGCGGAGUCCAAAGGCUGAAGAGAAAGAUUAAUCUUGAAGACCGAUCUGUGUUAACCACAGACAGGAAACUUAAGAACAGAACUUCUAGCUCCUUUACAAACAAAGAAGCUGUCAAGUCAACAGAAUCCCCAUCUCCGCAGCUGAGAACUUCAUCUGUUCUUCUGGACACUGAGAAAGCUGUUGAGUUUUCACAAAGGCAGAUGCAUGAUAUAGAAAGCAUUGCUGCAAAUCUUAUCAGGAGCUUGAAGCACAUGAGAAGUUUAGUGAACGAAACUUUGUCAUCGGAAGCACAUUCUUUGCUUCCCAAUUCUAACAUUGCCGAGAUGAGAGCAGCAUCCGAGGAUGCAUUGUUGGUGGAGAGAACUACAAGGAAAUGGCUGUCAAUAAUGAACAAGGAUUGCAACCGCUUUUGCAAAAUAUUGACGCUGGAGGGAAAGAAGGCUGUUCCGCAACCAGAAGCGCCGAGGAAACGUAGGAAGAUAACGUUCGCGGAUGAAGCUGGAGGAUCGCUCUGCUCUGUUAAGGUGUUUAGUGAUGGACAGACCUCUCCUUCUGCAUGCCAGGGCGAGUUAUGAACAUCAUUUUGGCUGAUAGUGUCAGGCAGUUCUUUCAUAAUAAGUUGGUUUUGAUAAUGAAGAAUCAAAAAAGAUGGCCCUGGUUUUUUUUGUUCAAAGAGAGAUAGAUGGCCCUAGAGUUGGGAACCAAGUAAUGGGGGAAUGCUUCUGUGUCAUUGUGUCUAUACUUUUUUCUUCUAGCAGUGUAUGUUUAGAUGGUUAGAGUCCAUGUGAAGUGGCUUCUAAACUGUUCCAUCAGAAUGCCACCUGUUGUAGUUUGUAGACAAGAAUCGACUUGCUGCAGUUUGAUGUUGCGGUUGAUUUGAUUGUAUGACUGAUUGUUUCUCGAUGUGGGCUUGUGGAUUCCUC